AUGAAGUUAACCUAUACCUUGAGUGCAUUGGGCCUUGGGGCGUCAGUUGCCUACGCUCAAUCAACAGCAUGUAAUCCUUUGACUGCCAGCACAUGUUCACCAGAUCCUGCUUUGGGUAAAUCCAUCUCUGUACCAUUUGAUGAGGAAUCUUCAUAUUUUGAAAGAUAUGCCACGAACGGUAAUGUUUCUUAUGGUGAUGAUGGUGUUGAAAUGACUAUUAAUAAGAGAUUGGAUAAUCCAAGUUUGGUUUCAGAAUUUUAUAUUAUGUUUGGUAAAGUUCAAGCGAUUGCCAAGGCUGCCGGUGGUCAAGGUAUUAUUUCCUCAUUCUAUUUGCAAAGUGAUGAUCUUGAUGAAAUUGAUAUCGAAUGGACUGGUACUGAUACUACUCAAGUUCAAUCCAAUUUCUUCUCCAAGGGUGAAACUACUACAUUUGACCGUGGUGCUUUCCAUUCGGUGGACGAUCCUCAAGGUUCUUACCACAAUUAUACCAUUGAUUGGACUAAGGAUGAAAUCAAUAUCUAUGUCGACAGUGCACUGGUAAGGACUAUCACCAGUGACAAUGGUCAAGGAUACCCAGAGUCUCCAAUGCGUAUUUUCACAGGUAUUUGGGCUGGUGGUGAUUCCCAAAACGAGCCCGGAACCAUUGAAUGGGCAGGUGGUUUGACCGAUUAUACCAAAGCUCCAUUCAGCAUGUAUUUGAAAGACGUUAUCGUUGUUGAUUACUCCACUGGUACAGAAUACUCAUACUCAGGCACCGAUGGUACUUGGGAAUCUAUUGAAGCUAAUGAUGGUGAGGUGUAUGGUAGAUAUGAUCAAGGAGUAGCAGAUUUCGAUAAGUUAGCUUCUGGUGGAAGCGUAUCAGACGACACUUCAUCUUCAUCCUCCUCAUCCUCCACAUCUUCAUCUUCAACCAAGACAAGUGCAUCUCCAUCUACAUCCAAAUCUUCAUCCACUUCCUCAUCCUCAUCUUCAUCCUCAUCCUCAUCCGCAUCAUCAUCAUCCUCAUCCUUAUCCUCAUCCUCCCCCACUACGACUUCUAAAUCUAGUACCACAAUUCCAACUACUUCCACUGAAAGCACCUUGAACACAACUAGUGCUUCAUCUACCAGUGCUUCAUCAUCCAGUAUUACUGCAUUGAACACAACAUCUUCCUCCACUUCCCUAUCAUCUUCUUCAACUCAGUUGAAUACAACUGAAUCUCUAAUAACUUCCACGGAAGAACUUGUGACCACAGGUUUCUCAUCUUUGGUCACUACCACCGCUGCUGACGAAGAGAUCACAUCGUAUGCCACUGGCGAGACAAGCUCAUCAGCUGCUUUAACAUCCACACAGUCAGAAAACGCUGCUGCUUUCAAUUUACCGCAAUUGCUUGCUAUCAUUCCAGCACUUCUACUUCUCUAA